AUGUGGCCGCUAAUUUUAUUUUGUGUACUCGCUGUGUCAGCCGAUGAAGAGGAUUUUAGGAUAAUUAAAUUGGAUUCGGGUCUUGUCAGAGGAAAUAAGUAUUGGAAUGGGGAUUAUUAUGAAUUUUACGGUAUUCCGUAUGCUACGGCGCCUUCAGGGAGAGACCGAUUCAAGGCUCCCCUGCCGGUUAAGCCUUGGGAUGAUCUCCUAAGUGCGACUGACAGUAAUAAACGUUGUCGACAAUGCUAUUAUACUCCAGAGUCAGAUGACGAUGUCAUUCUUGACGGUGACGAUGACUGUCUUGUAAUGAAUGUUCUAGUCCCAAAAGUAACUGAUGAAAGUAAGAAAGCCCCCGUAGUAGUCUACAUCCACAGCGGAGCAUUUUCAGGAGGCAGUGGAAUGAUGGCCAGGUAUGGCUACCUAGCCAGACAUGAUGUAGUCGUUGUAAGUUUUAACUAUCGUAUAGGAGCCCUUGGUUUUGCUUGUCUCGGAAAUGAAGAGAUACCCGGCAAUGCGGGUUUAAAAGAUCAAGUUGAAGCAUUGCGUUGGAUAAAAAGAAAUAUCGCAGCGUUUGGGGGAGAUCCCGACAAAAUUACUCUAGCUGGAUUCAGUGUUGGAGCAGCUAUGGCAGAACUCCUUUCUCUAUCGAAGGCUACAGUGGGAUUAUUUAAUCAACUGAUCUUAGAAAGUGGUUCUGCACUUUCCCCGUUUACUAUUAACCGCGAUCCUGUGUCAACGGCCUGGAAUAUUGCACAAGCUAUUGGAUAUAAUGGAACUGAAAAUAUAGAAGAUCUAACAGAAUUCUACCUUAAUGCGGAAAUUAAAGAUUUAUCGCUAAAAAGCAUAAAUUAUUUUUUACCAAAUAGUACUUUUGGUUUUGCACCUUGCAUUGAAAGACCACAACAAGGACAUGAAGUAAUUGUAAGUGAAUCACCACUCGAUACACUUAAGAGAGGAGAUUAUGAUAAGAUUCCAGUUAUGACAGGUUUUUCCAAUAUGGAAGGAAUCAGUCGAUCAAUCAAAUUUGGCCCAUGGAGAGAAGAGAUGAAUGACAACUUUGCAAAUUUUCUUCCUGUUGAUUUACGUUUUAAAACCGAAGAGGAAAAAAAUGAAGUCAUAUCAAAAAUUAAGAAGCGUUACUUUAAAGACAAGAUUAUAAAUCAUGAAAGUUUACAGCAUUAUAUAGAUUACUUUUCAGAUAUAAUGUUUAAAUAUUCAAUAAUGAAGUCAGCUAAAUUACAUUCGUCAUCGUCUGAUGAUCCUGUGUAUUUGUAUGAGUUUUCUUAUGUUGGCAAACUCAAUAUCCAACAUAACUACAUGGACAAAAUAAAAGGUGCAAGCCAUAGAGAUCAAACUGCAUAUAUUUUAGACUUUCUUGGUUUCACAAAUAAUUAUAAAGAUCUUACUACGAGAGAUAGAAUGACGACUAUGUGGUCUGACUUCGUGCAAUACGGAAAUCCAACUGAAUAUGAAAGUGCUCUACUUGCAGUGAAAUGGAUUCCUUAUUCUGAUAAAGCGAAAAAUUAUUUGGAAAUCAAUAAAAAUCUACAAAUGAAACAAGGCAUUUUUGAUGAAGAAUUUAACUUUUGGGAUGAAAUUUAUGCUAAAUUUUAUUGGAGUCCUACACCAGUAAACCCGGAAAUAACCCUACCAAAAAGCGCUCCGAAGAAAAGUGAUAACUUAGAUAAGAAUCAAACACCAUUCAAAGAAGGCACAGAAAAUAAAAAUAAUUUUGCCAAGGAACCUCAAGAAAAAUUCGUAAAGAACGAUGAAAAACUAAAUGACAAUAAGGAAGCAACAAAUAAACCCGUCGGUAAUAAAUCAUCUAUGGUUAAGACAACGACAAAAACUAGAAUAGACCAAGAUGGCAACUUGAUUAAAGAAGUAAUAAAAGAACAUAACCCAAAGGCUAAAGCUAAUACAAACACUCCACCUACAGUAAAGAUAACAACAGAAACUAAAAAACGUAAAGACGGUAAGUUGGUAAAAGAAGUAAGAAAAGAGUACAUCCAAAAUUCCGACGAAAACAACUCUGAAAAAAAAGAAAAUAAAGUCAGUAAUGGUCAAACAAGUGAAUCUAAAAGCUCCUCGAAUGUAGAGCCAGAUAUGUCGAAGACGGUACCUACAAAAAAGGUAGAAGUAAAAGAGGCGCGAAAGAAGCCUGCACAGAAUCCUAAAGGAAAAACCGAUAGCAAAAGUAAUCAAGAGGAAACACAAAAGAAAAAAGAAAGACAUCUCUGUCAAAAUCCUUCGUUAUAA